CAUAGCGAGCACUUGUCAGGCAUUUAAAGACGACGCUGCACUAAGCCUCGUAUCGCUGGAAUAUAUAUGUACUUCGCCUAAAACUUCAUUAAAGAUUACACGUGAAAAAAAAUCUGAAAUCGGUGGUCAAUUUUUUUGAUUUCAUGUUGAAUUAUGAUUGGAUGGAAUAAUACCUAAUUGUUGUGACCAUGGAUGACACUCUGAGUGUCGGAGACACGGUGUGUCUUUAUUCGGCGGAGAGUUUCGGUUUUAUUUUCUCUACACAAUCCAGUUCUGUUCACAAUGAAGUUGCUGUUGGGUCCAGACAAGACCGAAAGAUGCCGAGUGUUCAGGAUCAGCAUGUUAUAUCCUUCAAAAUUGAAGUGGCAAAUCGAUAUAAGUUAAACAAAAGUCUUAAGAAGUUGGCAACAAAACUAGCAGAAGAGCCUGGAAAUAUUCCCCUUAGAAACCAAGUGUCAAAGGCAAAGCUUGCUGCAGUAGCUGAGAAUGAGGACAAUGUACUGGAGCAAAAAAGGCAGCAAGGCAAGAAGGUCUUGUAUGGACAGGUCAUUCAGUUGCGACAUCUCUUCACAAACAAAUACAUCCAUGUCAGUACCACAAAGACGUCCAAUACGGAGACGAACAACAUGGCGGUGGAGCUCUUGGCAGAGAACGCUAAACACGCACAGUUCCGUAUCAUGCCGCGGUACAAGGUCAAGGCUGAGGGUGAUGUGGUACAAGUGGACGACCAGGUUGUGUUGGAGAGUGUCAAGUCCUCGGGGUCCUACCUUCACGUCAGCAAGACAGUGCUGGGCCAGGUGUCAGUCUACAGAAGAAGCCAUGAGUUGAACCUGUCGGUGCAGCAGUCUGGGUUCACCAUCUACAGGAAGUACAAGCCGGCCCCCGAGGACAUGGACCGCGUCAAGGUCGGUGACAUCAUCCGCUUCUACCACAAGGAGAUGGAGGCGUACCUUGUGGCGGAGGGACUGUUUGACGAUGAACUCCUCGAGGAUGUACACCUAAGGAUGAGACCCAUGGACCCGGCCAAUCCUAAGACCCUGUUCCCAAGUACAUCAGCGGUCACUUACUGGCAGAUCGAGCUCCAAGAGGGACCAGUUCAAGGAGGAGUUUUGAAGUGGGAACAACAAUGUAAAAUAAUACACAUGUGUACUCGAAAGUACCUGACUGUCAAAGACGGUCAUGUGACCUUAACAGGUGACCACAGGGACCCGACGACCGUGUUCAGGCUGCACCCUGUCAUCAGGGAGAACGAUGACAUUCCACUGGACAGUUAUUGUCGCAUUGAACACGUGGUCUCUGGGAGCUGGCUCCAUGCCUGUCCUGAGGAAUAUGUAAGAAAACAGACAAUGAAGUCAGAGGACAAUAAGGCUAUGGCCUCUUUGAAAUGGAGCACUGCAGAACUCAAGCAGGCCACUCGUCAAGGAACUCCUGCACCAACCUCCGAAACAACUGGUGGAAAAAAGAGAAUCAAUAAAAAACGAAGUCAGACAUUAAGCAUUGGAAUUAUUGAGGAGAAGCAGUACGAUGAUGCUUUCACCAUCCAGGGGGUGGAAGAGGAGCAUGUGGAGAUCUUCCAUCACAUGGCAGGAAUGGUCCCCUUCAUCCAGAAACUGGUGUCAGAUAAAAAAUCUGGGCUAACCCUGAAUGCAAAAAUGGCACAUGACACAGUCGUAGCUUUGGGGGAGCUUAGUCGUUACAUGAUUGUAGACGGACAGCCAGAGAAAAAUCGGCAGAAACUGAUGCGCAACCUUAGGAUUGUUGAACUUCUAAUUUACCUGCUACAGAUUCCAUUCAGAGGAAGUGAUGAUCAAUUUCACCUGACCAAGAUCUUUGUGGAGGCGUACAACGUCCUGUACACGUACCUGAUGGGAGACAGCAGGAAGAACGAGCUGUACAUCGCCAAGUACAUCGACUUCUUCCUGUCUCAGUUUGAACUGAAGGAGGGUCAGAUCGGUCUGAAUGCCGCCCACAUGGUGAUGGAGCUGAUCAAGGAUAAUCGUAAAAUCGUGGAUCGAAUCUCCCACGAUCACAUCAACAAGUUUGUGGAACUUCUCCAGAGAGACAAGAAUCACCGAUACCUGGACCUGCUGGCUGUGCUGUGUGUGUGUGAUGGAGUGUCCAUCCCAGACAACCAGAUCUACAUCACUCAAGUCUGGCUCAUGAAAGGAAACAGGCAAAACUGUGUUCACUAUACAGAUUUGGGACAGAAAAUUGGCAAGGAGCCCGGAGUUGUUUAUGUGUCGACCACUCAGGGCAGGAAGUGGAUGGAGCUGGCCGAAUUCGCUCAAAACAGAGACGGUGAGGAUUAUUUGUUCCUGGAACACCAACUGGAACUUUUCGGAGAUCUGUGUCAUGGACAAAAUGACUUUUCCAUCAAGGUGAUCACCCAGGAGUUGAACUAUUUGACCUGGGAGGAGGCCUUCACCUGUCUGAGUGAUGAACGUCUGCCCGACAAACUUCGCUCCCAGUACUGUGACCUCAUCAUCACCAUGUUUGUGGACAUUGGAGCCAACCACUCCAUUAUUGAUCGAGUCAAGCUGUCAUACAUCUAUGAUGAAAUCGACUCAUACGAGACAAUUUCAAAAAUUAUAAUUGGUCCCAUUGCACCAAUCUUAAACCAGGAUGAGAUAGAUCACAGUCAUUCCAUGACGUACCAGGUAUUCCCCACCCUUAGUGACUGGAUCUCCACGUUCCUCAAAUAUAACGGGGACAUGACGGCCUCUAACAUUGGGAAUAACAUGCUGGUGGAACAGGUCCUUCGUUUGGUUGAAUACCUUGUCUCCUUUGGGUUUUACUACAAACCUGAGGACAUCAAGAAGUUGAUGGAGCCACUGAUGUCUCUGAUUGAUGGCAGAAAUGACAAACCUUAUCCUAAUGUCACAGGGAAGGAUGCUGAUGACAUUCUGCGAGUGUUCCGGACCAAGGAGAGGUUUGAGAGGAACACGGAGACCACAGCAGUAGUCGGGGCCAAGUGUCAAGCCUUGGAAGUACUCAAUCUGUUUUUCAACUACAUUUUCAACUUGAGAUUAGAGAAAUUUAUGAACAUGUUCAAAGUGACUCACACCCAUGCCAACACCCCCCAGAUGCCUCCCCCAGAGCUGGGGCCCCUACUGUACGAGGCAUUCGACCUCUCUGUACAUCAAGGAGCCUACUGGACAGGGGUGUCAAAGACUGCAUUGAGGAAAUUGAAAGAAAUUUUUGACCACACCAACUAUUUGAAAACCUACGAUUUGGUUGAUGUAUUGAAGGACCUGUCGUCCUACCACUACGACAACAUGAUCAGAAUGUCGAUGCAUCUACUGAACCGCUAUUACUCCGCCCACAAUGAAUUGUUCAGCAAUGCAGUGCAGGCUCAGGUUCUGAUCACUGACAAAUCAGUGGAAGCCUUCAACAAUCUAGAAAAGAUUCUACCCCACCUGCGUCGCUUGGCCUCGUCCAAACUGAGCAACCAGCAAGGGGAGGAACUGGUGUCGCUGCUAGAUCAGCUUAUUUUAAUGUGCCAUUUGGACGGAGAGCCGGAAGAGGAACAUGGGAUGAACCAGAGUAUUCUGUAUAACCACGGUGUCAUUGAAGACAUGUUCACUAUUCUACAGCAAGAGAUUGAUAUCAAACUGCUGGAUCAAUACACAGGGUUGAAAAAAGUGUUCCAGCGAACUUUUACCCUGCUAAAGUUGAUGGCUCGGAAUAACAAGUUGGUUCAAGGUCGUUUGUUUGACCGUCUUGACCUGCUGUUGUCCACAGAGGGUGCAGGGGAGGAGCUGGCUGAGUGUAUUACAGAGGUAUUUACUGGCAAUUCCAACACCUGCAUGAAAAUCAGUGGUAACCAAGUGCAAAGAAUUAUGACUCUUGUGGCUAAGAACAAAGAAAAAGUGCCCCAGUUCUUGGACUUGUUAAAUGCAGUGGUCAAAGUGGAAGAGCUAGACUUGCCGUUGAAGCGGAACCAGAGCUUUGUGAUGCAGUACUUCAUGCAAUUCCGAUCGGACAUUGCAAACGUGAUAGACCAGGACGAGGCUGCCAGGGAGAAGAUAUUGACAGAAUCGGGAAACAAACAGCUUCAUUAUCUGAUAGGAAUGGUGGACAUGUUAGCUACUUGUGCAGAGGGAGAGAACCGGCACAUUGAGUCGAUCUGUCAGACCAUCUUCCGCAUCCCGGAGCUCCUGCGUCUGCUGACCAAUCCCCAAAUCAGUAACAACUUCAAACAGCCAAUCCUACGCUUUUUCUUGUGGGUCUACCUCAACACCGCCGGAGGGAUGAUAGAGAGUGGGGCAGGGGACAUGCCUCAUGACAAGUCAAUGUGGCAGUACCUGGCAGAGAUCACAAAGACCUUGACCGAGGUCGCAGAGUACGGCCGGAGUGACCCAGUCUCUACCAAGCUCCUGCUCAAGAGACCCCCAGGCAAAAGAAGGCGUUUCUAUAUCAUCACCAUCAGUGACCGCGGUGAGAGCAAGCAGGAGUCCAUCAGAGGCACCCUGCAUUACCUGUUUGAGGGGGUCAUGCCUUUUCUCCAGAUUUUUUGCCGAUCUUUCUACCAGCCUGACUCUUCAAUGUUCCCUGAAGAGCCGGAGCAAAUGGACAAACUUGCCACAUCCUUCAAAGAUUUCAUGGAGGUGAUUGCACCACUGAUCAGUAUAGAGCGACAGAUGAAGAACUUAGUCUCAUGUAUGACAUCACUGCUGUCUGCCUCCACACUUCCUGUUCGGCUUAAGAUCCUAAAGUAUAUGGAAGAAUUCCAAGAAAAAUAUGGAGGAGGUUUAGCUUCUCAAGAUGUCCGCAGCGAUGCCAGAAAGACCUAUGAAGAUUAUUACGAAAUGGAGGUGGAAAUUAACAAGCAGCUGAAUGUAUUUGCGGGCAAUAUGAAGGUGGCUUAUGGUGGCCCCAACACUGUACAAGCUCAGAUUGGCUUCCCAUCCAAUUUAGACUACUCAGAGCUGGGAGGGGAUGAGGAGCUCCCCCUGGGGAUGGAGUUUCAGGAACACCUGCGAUGUUUUAUCGACAGCAGUAAGAAAGACCCCGUUCAAAAGUUCAAGCUGAGCGAGAAACUCAUCAAGCAACUCUCAAUUUCUUCGCAACUUUCACGGUCACACUUGACUGAAAAGGAGAAAUUGGAGCAGGUUGACCUAGAUGUGAAAUGUCUUCAGCUUCUUCGCGGUCUGAUUCACAAUGAGAUAGUAAAGCUUCCAAACGAGUGGGAGACAGAAUCGUCUUCGCAUCGCAGGCAGCUGAAGGCUAUAGAGGAUGUACAGAAUGCACUGAACCAUUACAACGUGGUCACCAGUACCCUGGACCAUCUCAACAGCACGCAGGACAGCGUGGUGCGGGAGACUCUCGGCUUCCUUGCCAGCCUGUUAUUUAAUGGCAACGAAGAUGUGCAGAACAGUCUCAUAGCCUACUUCACAGGUACGAGAGAAGAGACGUUCUUCUUUGCCAUAAAGAGCCGUAUACACAUGUCUGCCUUGGCAACCAGAGAAAAGCGACUUCUCCAUGCCAUGCAUCAAGCCAAGGUAGAGGAAGCAGUACAGCAGGCCAAAGCUCUCAGGAAAGCCAUGGAAACCGGCAAACUGGCUCAGACGGAGAUAAUGAAAGCCAACCAGCUAGGAUCCAUGUUAUCGAUGGCCAAGAAGAGGUCCAUGGCCAACCUCAAGGUGGGAUCGAAUGCUGGAUCCCGAAUGGGAUCUCGUUCCCGACUCGGCUCUCAGCUAGGAUCACAAUCCAAACUGAGCCAGGGUAAAUCUAACCUGGGUAGUAAUAUGUUGUUGCCGGGGGUAAUGAUGAACGGGGGCAACAAAUCUAGUCUACAACUGAAUGGCCUGGCCGGACCCAAGUCAAAGGUUGCACCCAUGGAAAACCCUGAGGUCAUCAUAGGGAACGUGGAGGAGGAGGAGUUACAGGAGCUGAUGGAAGCAGCAAUGAGCAUGUCUGGGGAUCUGGAGUUUAGGGACGAUGGCUACAUCGAAUUGGUGCUAAGAAUUCUGGGAUUGAUGUGCGACAACCAGCAUCAUGAUAUUCAAAACUAUUUACGAGAGCAACCAGACAACAUUAAAUCUGUGAACUUGGUUGGAGAAACUACCAAAUUCCUGAACAUUUUAUACUCCAAUAUCAGUGACAAGUCAAUGCCGCUAGUGGUACAGCUGUUUGACACACUGGUAGAGUUCACUUCGGGAAACCAGAAAAACCAGGCCAUGGUAUUUGACAACAAAGUCUGUGAUUACAUCAACCACAUUCUGAGGGUCGGUCACUUCCACAACUGUGGGAUCAAAGAGGAGUAUGUGCUGAAGAAGUCAAUAGCCACUCUGAUCCGGUCGCUGACCGAGGAAAACCCUCCCGUAGAGGAUGAGGAUACCCUUUUAGCCAAGCCAGAGAAAAAGGAGGAUCGCACUGUAACUGUGGAUGAAACAAUGAAAGGACCUGCAAGUGUGGAAGUAAUGGAGUACCUAGAUGCUGACCUUUGUGUCAUAACGAUGACUGAGGCUUUUAAUCAGCUGCAGGAAAUGGAUCGGUCACCUGCUAAAAAGAAGCGAGACCCCGACUUUGACGAGCUGUAUAACCUGAUACAGGACACAGGGUACGCGUAUUAUCACAUCCUGUGUAGGAAACUGGACCUGGAGGACGAUGUAAAGAGACACCAUCUGGUCAAAAAUCCCAACCAAAACAUGGCGUGGGAUUUCUUUGCCAUGAGUACCAUGUCCAUUGAAGUGAUCAAAGAUGAUGUUCUACAAAAGAUCUACUACAGGGUCAAGGACAGAAAUGUGCUGAGAGAGGAGAUUAAGGAGAAGUUUAAGUAUGAUGUGGACAGGACGACCCCCAGCAAUAAGAUCCGUGACUUUAUGGACUGGGCCAGUGAUAUCAUUCAGGACAUCAAGUACCAGCGAAAAGUCCACGCCAACCCCGUCGGCCAGAUGCUAGUCAAAUUGUGGAUCCCCAUUAAUUACAUUGUGGUGUUCCUGAGUUUUGUAAUCAGCAUUAUCAUCAUGAUAACAUGGAGAGACCCAAAACUUGCUGACGGAACAUCUGACACGAACAGUGCCAAGCCCGAGUACACAAUGUCAAACUACGAGCCGUUCCUGUACGUUUGGGGCGGCGUACAUAACCUCCUCAGUUUGUGUAUCCUCAUCACGUUUCUCAUAUCCAACAAUCCAACCUUCCCACCAUACACUUGGAUCAAGAAAAAAUUGUCAUCAAACGAUGAUGAAAAUGAUUUUAGAUCUUGGCAUGAGAAGAAAACAGGACGCUCGCACUUAGAAAUCGAGAUCUACAACUUUAAAACAAUCUAUUACUUUGUAUUUUUUGCAUGCUCAGUCUUGGGAACUGUAUUUUAUGGGUACUUCUUUGCCUUCCACCUUCUCCAUAUAUCGGAGUUAAACCAGUUACUCAAGAGAGUCAUUGCUGCAGUAACCACCAAUGGAAAAUCACUGCUGAUGGUGGCCUUACUUGGUCUGGCGGUGUUCUUCUGUUACUCGCUGAUUUCCUUCGCCUUCUUCAGGGAAACAUUCCUGAAGGAGGACGACGGUCGCCACUGUAGGACGGUGUACCAUUGCUUCAUCACCAUGAUCCACCACGGGUUCGUCGAUUCGCCUUACACGACGUUUGAGGCCUUGAUGGACAACGACUUCGAUAAAGCCAUCUACGUGACAAUUUUUGACGUGACCUUCUUCAUCCUGGUCACCACAGUCGGCUUGAACAUCAUCUUUGGUAUCAUUGUGGACACGUUCUCCCAGCUCAGAGAUGCCAAGUGGGAGAUUGAUAAGGACAUGAUGAACAACUGCUUCAUUUGUAGCAGAGAGUCUUACGAUUUUGAGCGACAUGGAGGGGGAUUCGAGAAACAUGUAAGAACAGAGCAUUACCAAUGGGCCUACCUGUUUUUCUUCCUCCACCUGGACGAGACACGCCCCAACGAUUACAGCGCUCUUGAGCUUCACGUCUUUAACCAGCUGCAGCACAACGUGUAUGAUUUCUUCCCGCUGAACCGAGCUUUGAGCUUGAUCAACGAAGAGAACACCAAGGAGAGAAAGCUUGAGAGUCUCCGCGUUAACAUUGAGUACAUGGUCAACAAGAUGAAGGAAGAGGAAGCUGCAAGAGAACGAGAGAAGGAGCGACAGAAACAGAUCGCCUGGGAGGCCCAGCACAAAUCAAUAAAGGCAUCAGGGCAGAAAGAAUGACCAACCAGUGCUCAGAAUGGUAGUGAUUGGACAGCAGUCGAUCAAUCACAGAGAGCUGAGCCCAUCAGCCAAUCAGAAAGAACUUUUUAAAAUGACUUCUGAUUGUCGUUAAAUAUCCAGAGGAUUUCAUGCAGUGCAGAAAAGAACUUCAUCGACACUGUUUUACCUGAAGUGGUCAUCAAAUGUGAUAUUCUGAAGGGUUUUGUGUGUGUGUGUUUUUAUUCAGAUUUUUUUUUUCCACAUACCGGUACCGGUAAUUCAGCAAACGCCUGGGUCUUAUUAAAGCGUAAUGUGACCUAAUACAAUGUACUGUGAUUGCAUGGUGUCUUAUACGGCACUUUGUGUGUCGUCUCUGAACAAAAUUCAACAAAAACUUCUGCAGACUUUACUGAUCUUUGUAUUACCGGUAUUUAGAUGAGAGACAAACUUUUAGAGAUUUCAAUUUAGGAUUGACCAUAUACACAAUCCAUUAUGAGCUAGUAUACUAUUUUACUGUAGCGAACCUCGCAUGAAUGAACAACAAAGUUUCUUUUUUCAGUAAACCACAAGAUGGCGUGUAAUAACUGUUUGAUGCAAGUUUGAAUUAUUUAUUGUUUGUUUUGUCACAUUUUAUAUGAUGAUAUGUAAUAUAUGAUAUGCUGUAAUUUUAUGACAAGUUAAUACUCUGUUGAUGCCCUUAACGAGGAUGCCUGAUUUGUGUCCGAGUAUUUGGACAGUUGAUAUAUGACCUAAAAUCUACGCCUCCAGUGUGUGUACAUGGCUUUCUCGUUACAAUUGCAAUGUUCACUUUGUAUAUUUUACAGAAUGUUUUGUACCUGUAUAACUUUUACAUGUUUACACAAAAUAAUUUUAUUCAAUGUACAUGCAUGUAUUUGAUAAAUUUGAAUUGUAAUUAUUUAUCCUAUUUUAUUUCAUUUUGCAGACAUUAAUCCCUUUUAUGAUUCUUGUGUUGGUUUAAAUGAAAUCCAAAACACUUUAUAGCAAAAAAGUUUUUAUUUUAGUGCGUCGUUUUCCAAAUUAACCUACAUUUACUUUUUUAUUAUUAAUAUUUUUGAAAAAAAUUGAUUUAAUGUAAUAUUUAUAGUCAAUCCAGUUGUAUACAUUUUUGUUAUUAUUUAUUUGUUGAAUUAUUAUUAUGCGACUGUAUUUCUCUUCUUUUAAACCUAGGUUUAGAUUGGUUUGUAUACACAGAAAACUGUGAUAUUAUAAAUUUAUGACUUGGUACUGUUUACAAUCAUGACGGCAGUAUUAGGCUAAGUAUAUACUUGACAUGCAAGUUUUUACUGCACUAUUUAAAAUGAAAAUAACAGGCCAUUAUUUUUUUUUACUUGAACAAAAACAUGUAGUCUCUUGGAAUAGACCAUUGGGACAUAUACAUGUACACAGGCUUAUUGAAGAUGAUUCAUGAUGAGAAAAUUAGUAAUAAUGCUUAACCAAACAAAGGCAAACUAAGUUUCGAUGAUAAUCAAUAGUACAGUGUACUAAUUUUAAAGUUCUUGCAGGAAAAUUAAAUAUUAAGUUUAGGAAAUAUGCAUAAUUAUUGAAACUAAAUUCAAAACUCACUUUCUUUCUCCUUUUUCAGUGUAGGAAAAUAAGCUUCAGCACAAAUUCCUUUUAACUUUGAUGCCAAUAUAUAAUCAUUCAGAAGUUUGUGCACCUUUUCUUUUUUUGAUGUGGACGUUUGUUUCAAGCAGUUGUUUUAUAAUAAUCCUGCAAGUGGUUAUAGAUAAUUUGUUAUUGUGCCUUUAAUAAAUGUUAUUUUGAGAAAAAAUCAA